CUUCAACUACCACUUCCCCCUUUGCUCUCUCCAAAAUUGUAGCUCUCUCUCUGAAAAAUGGCUGUAGCUCAAAUCUCUGCCUCUCUCUCCCUUUCCAUCAGAGAUGCAAGUGGUAUUAGCUCAGCAGCAGCAAGUCCUGCUCGGCUUCCCCUUUUCAAUUCCCCUAGAAUUGGGACUGCCUUUGCUACUGGUUCUCCACUCAUCAUUAGAACUGUAUAUCAUAAAAGGAAGGCAGUAUGCAAAUCAAUGCCACUUUCUGUAAGGUGUGAGCAAAGCACGAAGGAAGGUGGUUUGGAUGUAUGGCUUGGCCGGCUUGCCAUGGUUGGCUUUGCUGUGGCUAUUAGUGUUGAGGUAGCGACGGGAAAGGGACUUCUGGAGAAUUUUGGGCUCACAAGUCCCCUCCCUACAGCUGCCUUGGCUGUUACAGCAUUGGUGGGAGUUUUAACAGCAGUCUUCAUUUUCCAGUCUGGCUCUGAAAAGUGAACACAGUUUAGAUUGCUGUGUAGUGCUUGUAUAGUUUGUAAUUCUGACAUGUAUUUCAAACUGAACAUUUGUUCAUUACUGUAAUUUUGUCAGAGUGGCAACAAUUGCGGCACGACUUAAGGUUGAGGAUGUACUUUUAUUAUAUAAAUGAGGGCUUAAGUUGAUACGGAGGCUUUC